AGGACUACCUGUAUAUAAAUCCAAUAAAUAAAUAAUAUAUGAAUGUGCUUUGUUCCAGGAGUAAGCAAUCUGGUCUUCUCCACAUAUUUUGGAUUUCAUUUACCACGAGCCAUGGGCAACAUUGCCAUUGAACAAAGCUUCUGCGAGUUGUCCAAAAUAUGAAGGGAACCAGGUUGCCCACCUUUUGUUUGGAGAUAGAAGUCAUUAUCUGAUAGGUUUAUUGAUCUGCUGUGAUUGCUGUCCUCGUUCCAGUUAUCACGCUAUGAGCAAACUUGUAUGGACUUGCUCAUCCUUUUUUUUUUCCUUUGCAAAUGCAGAGCUUACCUACCAUGCAGCCUCGCUUAGUGGCUGUCAGUAAAACAAAACCGGCAGAAAUGGUCAUUGAGGCUUACAACCAUGGGCAGCGCAGUUUUGGAGAAAACUAUGUCCAAGAAUUGUUAGAAAAAGCAUCCGAUUCCAGAAUUCUUUCUUCCUGUCCGGAGAUUAAAUGGCAUUUCAUUGGCCACCUGCAGAAGAGUAAUGUCAACAAGCUGAUUGUGGUGCCUAACCUAUUUAUGCUGGAAACAGUGGAUUCCAUUAAACUGGCAGACAAGGUGAAUAGUUCCUGGCAGAAGAAGAGCUCUUCUGAAAAGCUAAAGAUUAUGGUGCAAGUGAACACCAGCGGAGAAACUAGUAAACAUGGGCUUCCACCUGAGGAAGCAGUGACAACAGUGGAACAUAUCCUUCAAAAAUGUCCCAACCUAGAAUUCGUUGGCUUGAUGACAAUUGGAAGCUUUGGGCAUGAUCUCAGUCAGGGUCCCAAUCCUGACUUCCAGAUGUUAACAUCUCUGCGUCAAGAACUGUGUGAAAAACUCAAUAUCCCCAUUGAAAAAGUUGAGCUGAGCAUGGGGAUGUCUACAGACUUUCAACAUGCAAUUGAAGUUGGAUCUACCAAUGUCAGAAUUGGAAGCACAAUCUUCGGAGAGCGCAGCUACCCCAACAAACCUUCUAGCGACAAGACCCAGAAGGAGGUCAAAGACAGACUGGAGAAUUUGACAGUAAAGGAGAACUAAUGGCAGGGAAAAUCUGCUCAGAUACCCAGGCACUUGACGCUUUGUGCUGACCGCAGCGGGGCACGAGCAGGUAACUGGUGGGUGUGGCAGGCACUUCAGCACCUGUACCUUUAUUCUUGUAUAUCCAUUGAGGUUGCAUUUAUAAAAAAACACAGCAGCACCUGUGGUUGACAAGCACUUCAGUACUUUAACUGCGGUGACUUUAAGGAGCUACCCUGGAUAACCAUUUGACUUAAGCCCUACUAGGUCUGGGCAGAACACCAUUUCCAAGAGUGACCAGGACGCAUUUCUCAUCAGAGGCACGUUUCUGGUUUGCUUCCCCCUGAAGCAAGGUUGCCUUAGGGAAAGGUGAUUCUCCACUCUCCCACUCUCAAAGCUUUUAUGGGUCAACUUCUGUGCUUCAUGGAGACCGAAGCAUCCUUGCUCUCUUAAUCUUUCAGAAAACCUGCUCAGCUUGAGUGGUUUGCUGAGUAGCACACGGGGGAAAGAUGGGUAGGGAUCCCCUUGUCCAUUAACCUACCACUGCUUUUGAGAUUUGGAAGAGGCUGGGGCUGAAAUCGUUCUGAAAAUCGCCACUGCCAACACUGAUGAUCAGCUCUUUGUUUUAGCAUUUGCUCUAUAAAGUAAUGUCCCUUUUUCUUGCCCCUUUACUUGGAUCAAUUAAAGGUUGGAACGGUUCUGAUAGGAAGCAGGAUGGUCUGCUUGUAAAAGCCAAGAAACUCGCUGGCUCUGCUGCUAACGUGCAGGGUGAUCUCAGCCAAAUCACUUAACCGUGCUGUGCCUGGUCCCUAUAUGAGAAAUGGGGCUGACCUACCUCACGGGGCAAAUUGAGGGGUUGCUGGGUGAGAAACCCUUCUCCCUCGUUAUCAUCCUUCCAUAGGAAAGGCAGGGCUGCAAAAUGAAGCAGCCUUCAACAGAAAGCCAGCAACGAUUUGCUCGCUUGUGCUCACACCCGUGAUGAGACAGAUGGAAUUGCAAGACUGGAAACGGCACAUGUGCAAAUAAUGGUUCUCCCGGGCAAACUAUGGAAUUUCUGCGUUUUAACGCCAAGCCCUCUCUUUGCAGAUUUGGGGUCUGGAGUGUUAGGAAAUAAUGAUGGGUUGUAUCCCCCACUGUAUAUACUGUGCCCCCAUCUUCAGAAAGUGCAUCUUGACAAAACUCUUGUUGAAACAGAAUG